AUGGAGCAUCGCAGCAUAGCCCGCUACUUUCGUGACGUGUAUGGAAUUGAUGGCAUGCUCAACAGCCGCAUCGUGCGGGGGCUGCUGCCCCCGCUGUCGACCGUGCUGGUCGUGUCCUACUCGGUGUGCCUCUACCAGGAGCUGCUCUCAGAGGGCCGCCUGUCCGACUGGCUGCCAGGCGUGCCCUGGCCGAGCGUGGCCAUAUCGCCAGACGGGCCGUUCUCCAGCAGCACGGUGGCGCUCUCGCUGCUGUUGGUGUUCCGCACCAACAGCAGCUACGACAGGUGGUCCGAGGCGGCCUCAGCCUGGAACGACAUCGUGAGCUCCGCCAGCCACCUCGCGCGCCAGGCGUGCCAGUGGCUGCCGUCCGCCGCGCCCAAGGAGCAGCGCGUGCGGGCCGCGCUGCUGCGGUGGCUGCGGGCCCUGCCGCUGGCGGCCAUGGUGCUGCAACCUGGCGAGGCGGCGCUGCUGCUGCGGUCAACGAUGCCCACGCAGACCAUCUUGACCAUGGUUGGCGGCCUUAUCGCUGGCAGCCCACUCACGCGUGACUCCAAGACGCACUGUGACGAGAGCGUGCGCCGCCUGCAGGACGCCCUGGACCGCUGUGAGAAGAUCCUGCGCACCCCGCUGCCCCUCAGCUACACACGCCACACGUCGCGCUUCCUGGUGAUGUGGCUGACGUGCCUGCCAUUCGUGGCCUGGACGGAGCUGGGGUGGGCCACGGUGCCGGUGGACGUCAUCCUGGCUUUCUUCCUGCUGGGCAUAGAGGAGAUUGGGGUGCAGGUGGAGGAGCCACUGGGAAUUCUGGCGCUGGAGCACUGGUGCGCCCUCGUGGACAGCCGCAUCAGCGAGCUGGAGGAGGAGCACGCCGCAGUGCAGGCGGCACUGAAGGACACCCAGGCUGGGUCUCUGCAGCCACCGCCGCUGCAGCCGCCAACGCCCGCACCUGCUGAGGCAGAGCACCAAGAAGGGAAUGGGAAUGUCGCCGCUGAGAUGGCUAGUCACCUGCAAGCAAUUAGGAACUGA